AUGAACCUCGAUCUCCAGUGUGAACAACUGAGUGAUGCCCGGCUGGCGGAGCUUCUGCCCCAGAUCCAGCAGGCUGAGGUCCUCAGGCUGGAGGACUGUGACCUCACGGCAGCCCAGUGCCGGGCCCUCAUCUCCGCCCUCCAGGCCAACCCCUCACUGACUGAGCUGAGCCUGCGCAACAAUGAGCUGGGUGACACAGGUGUCCACCUCGUGCUGCAGGGCCUGCAGGGCCCUGCAUGCAAGAUCCGCAAACUGAGCCUACAGAACUGCUCUCUAACGGAGGCCGGUUGCCAGGUGCUGCCCAUGGCACUGCCCUCACUGCCCAGUCUACUCGAGCUGAAUCUGGAAGACAACGAUCUGGGCGAGGCUGGCAUCCAGAAGCUGUGCCAGGCCCUGCUGGGCUCCUCUAGCCGGCUGGAGAAACUCAAGUGAGCAUGGGGCAUGGACCUGAGCUACUUCCCAUGCACCCCUGUGCCUUCUCCCUACAACUCUAUGCCCUCCACAUGCCCUGUACCCUCCCUUGCACCAGCCCCAGCCCCUGCUUCAUGUCCUGUUCUGAGCACUCCUCAUGUCCCUAGUCUGGCGACCUGUGGAGUCACAGCAGCCAACUGCAAGGACCUAUGCAGCAUCUUGGCCACCAAGGACACCCUGCAGGUGCUAGACCUGGGUGAAAGCAAGCUGGGUGAUGCAGGCAUGGCUGCACUGUGUCCUGGGCUGCUCAGCUCCUGCUCCAAGAUCAAGACUCUGUGGCUCUGGGAGUGUGGCAUCUCUGUGGAGGGCUGCAAGGAGCUCAGCCAGGUCCUUCGGACCAAGGAGACCCUGAAGGAGCUCAGCCUGGCAGGCAACGAGGUGGGGGACCAGGGGGCGAGGCUGCUGUGUGAGGCCCUGCAGGAGCCGGGCAGCAGGCUGGAGAUGCUGUGGGUGAAGAGCUGUGGCCUCUCAGAAGCCUGCUGUGCAGACUUUAGCAUGAUGCUGGCCAAGAACAGGUCCCUCCUGGAACUGCAGCUGAGCAACAACAAGCUGGGGAACGCGGGUGUGCAGCAGCUCUGCCAGGGCCUGGGCCUGCCUGGGGCUAAGCUGCGCUCGCUCUGGUUGGCUGACUGUGAUGUGACCAAUGAUGGCUGUCCACCUCUGGCUUCGCUCCUGCUGUCCAACCACAGCCUGCGGGAGCUGGACCUGAGCAACAACGGCAUAGGGGACCUGGGCUGCCUGCAGCUGCUGGCGAGUGUGGAGAAGGCUGACUGCACCCUGGAGCAGCUCGUCCUGUAUGACAUCUACCUGAGUGAGCACGUGUAUGACCGCAUGCAGGCCUUGGAGGAAAAGAAGUCCUCCUUGCGGAUCAUCUCCUGA